UAUAAAUAACAUCAUCAUUUGACAGCAUUUGUUUAUUUGGUCAUCACCAUCAUCAUUAUCGUUUUUUUCAAUUUAAAUCAUCUUCAAUUGAAGAUUUUCCGGUUUUUUUUGUUUUUGUUGGAAAUGUGCCGAAAAACUUGGUGUCCUAGUGGUCACCAAUGUCCAGAAGGUCUAACAUGUAUGUUGGUGUUUGCAAUAUUUUCAGCCGUACUUGGUAUGUUUCAAUUUGGUUACAAUACCGGUGUAAUAAAUGCACCACAAAAGAUAUUAGAAAAUUUUAUUGCCGAAGUAUAUAAAUCAAGAACAGGAAAAUAUAUGUCUGAAGAUAUGUUAACAUUAGUUUGGUCUAUAACUGUUUCAAUAUUUGCUGUUGGUGGUAUGAUUGGUGGUUUAUCUGGUGGUGUUAUUGCUGAUUAUUGUGGAAGAAAAUGUGGUCUAUUAUUUAAUAAUGCAAUUGCAAUAUUAGGUGCUACAUUAAUGAGUUCAUCACAUUUAUUUCGUUCAAUUGAAUGUUUAAUAAUUGGUCGAUUUUUUAUUGGUUUAAGUUGUGGAUUAAAUACUGCACUUGUGCCUAUGUAUCUUUCGGAAAUAGCACCAAUGACAUUAAGAGGAGCACUUGGAACGGUCAAUCAAUUGGGUGUAACUAUUGGACUAUUAUUAUCACAAAUAUUAGGUUUAUCGCAGAUAUUAGGUACUGAAGAUGGAUGGCCAUUUUUAUUAGGUGUAGCAUUCAUUCCAGCUGUUUUACAAUUAAUAUUAUUACCACAAUGUCCUGAAUCGCCAAGAUAUUUAUUAAUAUCAAAAGGACGUUUAACUGAAGCUACUUAUGCACUACAACGAUUACGAUGUACAACCAAUGUUGAAGAUGAUAUUGAAGAAAUGCGUAUCGAAGAUCGUGCACAACAACAAGAAGCAAAGAUAACAAUGUGUCAAUUAAUAAAAAAUCGUUCAUUACAAACACCAUUAAUUAUUGGAACUGUGAUGCAAUUAUCUCAACAAUUAUCCGGUAUAAAUGCUAUAUUUUAUUAUUCAACAAAUAUAUUUACAAUUGCUGGACUUGGUGAUGAUUUGGCAAAAUAUUCAACAAUUGGUGUUGGUGUUGUAAUGGUUUUAAUGUCAUUAGUAUCAAUGAUGUUGAUGGAUCGUACUGGUCGUCGUACAUUACAUUUAUAUGGACUUGGUGGAAUGUUUAUAACAAGCAUGUUUUUGACAAUAUUUUUAUUAUUUGGUUUUCUAUAUACAUGGAUGUCUUAUAUGAGUGUUAUGAGUACAUUAAUCUAUGUUGUAUUUUUUGCCAUUGGACCGGGAUCAAUUCCAUGGAUGAUAACUGCCGAGCUUUUUUCACAAGGACCAAGACCAGCUGCUAUUAGUAUUGCAGCAUCAGUAAAUUGGUUUACAAAUUUUGCUGUUGGUUUAGCAUUUCCAAUUAUGAUACAAUUUAAAGAUAAAGCAAUGGAUAAAUAUGCAUUUUUACCAUUUACCGGUUUUUUAGCCAUUUUUUGGAUAUUUACAUAUUUUAAAGUGCCCGAAACAAAAAAUCGUACAUUUGAAGAAAUAUCUGCAUUGUUUCGUAAAGAUGGUUCAGAUAAUUUAAUACCAAUCGAAGAUGUCGUUGGUGGUUCUGGUGGUGCUCUUGGUGGAUCACAACAAUUUAUUCAUAAUGGUGGUGGUGGUAAUCAAACGCCAACAUCUGGUGGCCAACAGCAAACUGGUCUUGGAUCACAUAAUUCUAGUUCUGGUGAUAUUUAUUCACAUAAAUCAAGCAGUGGUGAUAUUAUAUUUGCUGAUGAAAGAACAUUGGAAAAAUGUUAUCUACAUCAUCAUCAUUAUCAUCAUUUUCAUUAUAAUGAUAAUGAUGAUGAUAAUUGUUUGCCAACAACUGGUGGUGGCGGUAGUCAACCACAAACACCAUUAACACCUGGUCCAACAUUACAUCAUACACCAACAACUGGUAGUAUAGGUAGAAUACCAAUGUUAUGUCCAUCAACACCAAUUAUACAGAUACCAAUUGUGCCAGUAACACAUCCGGAACCAUUAUCACCACCACCACCACCAUUAACAGUUGCAUUACCACCACCAUUAACACCAUCAUUGUCGCAUCAACAAAAUCAACAAUCAAAAGAUGCUUAUCAUCAUUUUAUUUUACCGCCACCUAAAAAAACAAUAUCUCAACAACAACAACAACAAUCGACAACAACACCGACUAAUCAUCAUCAUCAUCAUCAUCAACAACAACAAACGCAACAACAAUCUUCAUUUAUUGAUCUUCAUCAACAACAAUUACCAUCACAGCCAACAAUGCCACAAUUAGUGCCAUUAUCAUCAAAUGUUCCAAUUUCAAAUAAUCAUCAACAACAACAAGUUGUUAACCAUCAAUAUCAUCAUCAAACAUCAUCAUUAACACCACCAUCAUUAACACCACCAUCAUCAUCGACGACAUUAUGUUCAUCAACGACACCUUUUAUAUUUCCACCGCCAAAUUUAACCACUGGACAGCCAUUAGGGUCAUUAUCAUCAACUUUAACACGUAAAAAACAUUUAACAACAAUGGUUACUCAUCAACAGCCACCACCAUUACCGCCACCGCAUGCUCAUCAUCAUCAUCAUCAACAUUUUCAACAACAACCACCGCAAACGCAAUUACAAUCGGCCGCAGUGAUGAAUGAUAUAUUCAGUGGUGGUAGUUUUAUUGUUAACAGUGGUGAUGGAGGAGGUUUUUCCGUUUCAACACCAAAUCAUCAUCGAAUCAUUAUUGAAGAUCAAUUAUGAAAAUAAUAAAUUAGAUUCUGAUUCUAAAACUGUGAUUUAACCCUUUGACAACCUACACAAACUUUCCUAAUAAAAAUCAAUUGGAAAAUAUUAAUCCUUUUUACACAGACAGACAAGAUUGCCAAAUCCAAAUUUUCUAUCCAAAAAAAUAUAUUGUAAAUAGCCAAACAAACAUUACGCUCAUUUAACGCACCAAACAAAAAAAAAUGAAAAAAUUGAA